AACUUAUUUCAUCCUGACGCCCUCUCAUACACUUAAUAAAAACAAUGAGCUUGUUUAAACCUGCUCCCCCUCCCCCCACAAAAUUGGGACGAUACCGUGUGCUGGGUCCUCAUGCUGGACUACAUGUGUCACCACUUGCUCUAGGUGCUAUGUCAAUCGGUGAGAAAUGGGAAAACUUAGGCAUGGGUGCAAUGGACAAGCAGUCGUCCAUAAAACUGCUCGACGCGUUUUAUGAGGCCGGAGGAAAUUUCAUUGACACGGCAAAUAAUUAUCAAGACGAAAGCUCAGAAGAAACAAUUGGCGAGUGGAUGAACCAGCGGGGCAUUCGUGACCAGCUUGUAAUAGCUACAAAGUACACUACGAACUUCAAGCGCGGCAAUUCCAGUGUCAAACAGCAAGUAAACUAUGUCGGCAACAACAUUAAAUCAAUGCACAUUAGUGUGGAUGCUAGUCUCAAGAAAUUGCAGACUUCCUAUAUCGACAUACUCUACCUCCAUUGGUGGGACUGGGAUACUUCAGUCGAAGAAGUCAUGAAUGGGCUUCAUAAUUUAGUCGCGCAGGGCAAGGUAUUGUACCUCGGCAUCUCAGAUACGCCUGCUUGGAUUGUUUCGAAAGCUAAUCAAUAUGCUCGAGAUCACGGUAAGACUCCCUUUGUGAUAUAUCAAGGCAAGUGGAGUAUCUUGGAGCGGUCCUUUGAACGCGAUAUUAUUCCCAUGGCGCGGUCUGAAGGCCUUGCUUUGGCUCCGUGGGGUGUCAUUGGUGGAGGAAAGUUCCGUACAGACGAGGAAGAAGAACGCCGCCGCCAAACAGGCGAAAAGGGCAGAGCACUCUUAUCCGAUUGGCUACGCAACGACAACGAGAAGAAGAUUUCCCAAGCUCUAGAGAAGGUUGCCAAGGAGGUUGGGACAGAGCAUAUUACUGCAGUUGCUAUUGCAUAUGUCAUGCAAAAGACUACACAUGUAUUCCCUCUCAUUGGUGGUCGUAAAGUCGAGCACUUGCAAGGUAAUAUCCAAGCGUUGGAUAUCUCUCUGAGUCCGGAGCAGAUUCAAUAUUUGGAAAGUAUUGUGCCUUUUGACCCUGGAUUCCCUACUACUAUGAUCGGAGAUGGAACGUCGGGCAAUAACCCGAUGGUCAAUUCUGUAGCUCACAUCGAUAAGCAGCCACUUCUUCAACCUAUCCGUCCAACAAGAUAGUGAAAAGUAGGGAGAUCGGUGUGAAAAUAUGGUCCGCUCGACGCUAUGCCUACACUUGCGUGCCGUUAACAAUUCCCAAUGGGGCCCCUGCUGCUAUAAUCAUCUUAUGUCGCAUGACUCCCUGAAUGAUUCGUAGAAGAGUAUGAUUGAAAAAAAAUAACAAGGGCGAUUUUCCGUUAAUAUUGUGCAAGCCAUGAAAAGUAAAUCGUGUUUAUGUAUACGUUCUUCGGGGAUCUCUACUAUGGCGCGAGUCUGUCGAUUUUCCAUCUGGGUUCAUCGUCUGGUGAUCCUUCGAUCCGAAGAUAGCGAACACGGUCAUGUAGACGCGAUGGUUUCCCAGACCAAAAUUCGACUUCGUGGGUAUCACUCGCCAACCGCCCCAAAAUUCUGGCAACGGGACAACGCCCUCCGUAUCAGUCUCUCGAAUACCGAAACGCAUAUGCAUCUUUUCAACUCGGGCACGUAGAUCGUCUUCGCCUACAACGGUGCUUUGUUUGCUCGUCCAUGCACCGACCUGGCUACCGAGUGGCCGACUAUGAAAAUACUCCUCGCUUUCUUCUCUGCUAACUUUUUCAACCUUCCCAAGAACUCUCACCUGGCGGUGCACCUCACGCCAGUAAAAUACGAGAGCCGCAUUCGGGUUUGCGAUGAGUUCUUGCGACUUACGUGAGGUGUAGUUGGUGUAGAACACGAAGCCGCGAUUGUCAAGUUGCUUGAAGAGAACGACGCGGGAAGACGGUAUGCCCGAUGGAGUUGCGGUGGAAAGGGACAUGGCCUCUGGUUCAUGCACAGUCUUGCGUGCCUCGGUGAACCAGAGGUGAAAUUGUUCGAGUGGUGAAGGGUGCACACUGUGCGGCGAAAGGGUAUCGAGGGUAACAUAUUGCUGGUGUUCAUCUACCUUGAGCUUGGGAUGAGCUUCGGGGGCAGGAACGAUCUCGCUGGGUGCUGUCAUGCUGCUGCUACUGCCAGUGACUCGGAAAGUCCUAGGUUUCGAGAAUGUGUUGAUGGGUGUUUUGACAAAAGGGCUGCGGAGUAUGAUAGCCCGGGACAAGGACAUACGUCUGGGGAAAUGAAUGAGCCAGUUUUGUAGUUCACUUGUAGUCGGAUCAUCCGCCUUGCAUGAUUAUGCCAUGGAAUCGGAUCGAU